AUGGCUGACGAACCACGCCGCUCCGGCCGAGCAACCAAAGGCCAGCACAAGAACCUCGAUAUCGACCCCCCGCAAAACAAACGAAAAAGCAAGGGCCAAGGGAAGGGUCAAAAACAAAGCUCGAACGAACCCACGCCGCCAGUGUUAAACGAAGAAGACGAAAUAAUCCGAUGUAUAUGUGGCGAAUACGAGGAGGAGGAAGACGUCGAACGCGAUAUGAUAUGCUGUGAUAAAUGUGCUGCCUGGCAACACAACGACUGUAUGGGACUUGUCUUCCCAAAGGGAGAAGAGCCAGCUGAAUAUUUUUGCGAGCGGUGCAAACCAGAGAAUCAUAGGGAGUUGUUGGACAAGAUAAGUAGGGGUGAGAAACCAUGGGAAGAAGCGGCAGCAAAAAGAGCACAAGAGGCGGAAGAGAGGAAAUCUCGCAAAAAGAAGGGUGGGAAACGAGGAAAGAAGGCUAGGCAAAGUGACGUCAAACCAGAGCAUAGCGAUACUCCAAUUAUGGCCAAGGGUGACAAACAGUCGCCCCCAAUGCAGCACAAUAUUGAAGUAGCUGUGCCUCUUCAUCAUGAGGACGUCGGUGCCCAUAAACGCAAACAUGAGGAACGAGAGGAGAGUAUUACGCAGGAAUCCGGUUCGAGACAGAAACUUCAAAAGCUGUCUACAAACCUCCCAGCAUCAUCCUCACCUGUUCAGAGUGGAAUGCAAAGUGCAAGGCAAAGUGCCACAAGCCCAAUGACUCCUAGCCAGGGCCCCAAUUUGAAAUCUCGGUCUGGGUCUACAGCUGGGACCGAUCACCUGAUUGUAGCCAGGAGAAGCGCCGCAACCGCUUUGUCCAAGCUGGUCACCGAGAUUGCCGGUACUGCAGUGGCUGCUGGGACCUUCACUAUCCCAUCUGACAGCACAAAAGAGGCUGUCGGUGAAAGGCUCGGAACAGAAAUAGAAGAUUGUAUGUACAGGAAUCUUUGUGGGUCAGCCGGGGAGCCUAAUGAUGCCUAUAAAAACCAACUGCGGACCAUCCUGUUCAAUGUAAGGAAAAAUCCUUCGUUACGUGAUAGUCUGCUUGUAGGCCGUACAACACCAGAUGCUAUAUCGACAAUGAGCACACAGAACAUGGCCAGCCAAGAACUGCGUGAAAAAGAUGAAGAGAUCAAGCGGGAGGCUGAGAGACAGCAUACUAUCAUCCAGGAGCAGGGGCCUCGUAUCAGACGGACCCAUAAAGGAGAAGAGCUGGUAGAGUCCGAUCCACAGACCAUUGGCACCGAAUCCGUCUUCUCUACCGCACCAGCUCGUCGGGACACUGCCACCGAAAGUGAGCUACCAUCCGCCAAGAGCCCGCGACAUGCCAGCCCAACUGCUGCCCAUGGUCAACCACAUGCAGAUCGGACUGCGCGCGAAACUUCUGAUACCAAUCGUCGAAACUCUUCCAAUUUCAAUAUUGAGAAUGUUUGGUCCAGCGUCCAUUCUCCUGGCGCCUCUCACUCGGAACAGCAAUUCGGCCCGGGAUCCUCAUUCAAUGAGCCUCCACACCCCAUGAACAAAGUCCAGGAGGACGCAGAGAUUGACAACUUAUUAAGGGACGAAGCUGAUUCCCCUCCUUACUCUCCCAAGGACAUUCAGGACGAUGGAGACAUUUGGCACGGUUCUGUGUCUAUGAGCUCUGUAGCAGAAUUUCGUACUGCCGGGAGGCAUGUCGGUGGCGCGGACCUCAGUGCAAAGAUUCCCUGGUCACAACUUGUCCCUCCAAGAAUUACAGUGGAUGGUCGCAUCGAUGUCCAAUUGGCAAGUAAUUACCUUUGCGGAUUAAGAUAUAGCCAUACUACGGAUAUUUCAGUGGUGGCCCUUGAGCAGCCCCAUGCAGCCGACGAUGCCGUACAGUUCAAUAGAUUGUUCAAUUAUUUCAUGGACCGCAAAAGGUACGGAGUGGUCGGAAAACAUCCUCUUCCUGCGGUCAAGGAUGCCUACCUAGUGCCCGUGGAGGCUGGUCACAGCAAGAAACCCGACUUUAUUGAACUACUCGAGAACAACCAAGUCCAAGACCCGACACCAACUCGCCUUCUCCUCUUUGUUCUUGUUGUCAAAACCAACUUCAACCAGUCUACACCCUCCCAUACAACCCCCCAGGCCCCUUCCAGAAGUGCUGCCAGUCCUUUGCAAGUGGAUAAUGAGUACAACCCAGUCGAUCCCGCAGGGCUAGGCCACGCUCAGGGGAACACCCUUGCCCAAGGUCCUAAUCCCCAACAAGGACAAUUCAACAACGGUUCCACCAACGCCCCGUCGCCUAAUCAAGCUCUCACUGGGCAGCAGGCAGCCAUUCACGUGCUUGGACCAUUAGCUGCGGCUCCCGCUAUCCAGGAGCUGUUGCAGAGAGCGCCUAAUGCGAGUGUCGAGCAGCUCAAUGUAAUAGCAGGCAUUUUGAGACAGAAUCCACAGGCCGCAAAUAACCUCCAACUGCUAAUGGGUGCGAUUUUACAAACAACAAAUGGCACACAGUCGAGUUAA